GUUUUUUUCGUUCACAAACUCCGGUUCGUCGCUCAAUAAUAGGUAUCUAUGUUAUGUAUAUGUAUAUAUUUCUAUUUAAAAAGGAUUAAAGUAUUUGUACGCCUAUGCCAUUCUUAUAGAUGAGCUUGCAUAGUUUCUUCAUCACGCCGUUCAUCGUGCGGACUUUUCGGGCUCUAAUUUCGGAUAUAAGAUAAGAUAUAACAUCCCUUGCUAAUCAUCCCUGAACAUGGCGUGUUGAAUAAUCUCUACCACUUUGGUAGAGCGGGGCGCGUGCGCGUACGCCUAAGUAAGGGAUAGGAGGGAACUCCGCCUUCUACUUUGUCAUUUUCAUUUCCAACUAACAAGUCACCAUGAAGCCUACCGGAGUGCUUAUGGUCGGCAGUGUCCCCGGGGCCUCAGCCCAGGAGGUCUUUGUACGACUGGCCACCGAGCUCCCUGGCCGGUUGCAAGCUAUACCGGAUGGCGAAACCGGUGAGCGAUGGAAUUACAUUGGAUGGCAAUUAGAACGCUUCCCUCGGGUAGCUCGGCGAAACGAAUUAGGAGGGAUACCGUUGCCAGAAACUGGGUCUGAACUACCAACCUUUACGCUCGGGGAUAUUAAACCUACCGCCUAUGACGAGGUGGCGUUGUUGUCCUACGCCGAGUUCAAGCGACUUCGCCAACAGAAUGUUAUCCCGCCGGAUGUUCGAUUCCAGAUCGGUCUGCCUUCACCAUAUAGCGUCUUGAUUGGCCAUAUAAAACCAGAGCUGAUAAAUGCGAUUGAACCGUUAUAUGAAAAACGGUUCGCGGAAACGAUCGAGUGUAUUGCUGCGGAAAUUCCUCAUCAUGAUGUGGUGAUUCAAUGGGACUUGUGUUUCGAGAUGACGGCGCUUGAACUCGACCAUGGGCGCCCUCUUGAUGCGCGGCAUCAAGCCUAUUUUUCAUCGCCCGGAGGUGUGCUACAGGGUCUCGUAGACCGCGUGGUACGACUAUCUGAGCGGAUCCCCAAAGACAUCAAAAUUGCUUUCCAUCUCUGUUACGGCGAUCUCUGGCACAAGCAUUUUGUCGAACCCCAAGAUACAUCGCUCUUGGUCAAGUUCGCUAAUGCCCUGCUCGCCCAUGAGACCCUAGGGUCGCGAACUGAGUGGAUUCACUUACCAGUACCGAAAGAGCGAACAGAUCCCGAUUACUUCUUGCCUUUGGCAGGUCUUAAGCUCGAUGACUCCGGCUCGAAACCUCCUUACAUAUAUCUCGGUGUAGUGCAUGCUAAUGAUGAGGCUGGGACGAAGAAACGAAUCGAAACUGCACAGGCUACCGUCCAAUUCCCCUUCGGCAUAGCAACGGAAUGCGGCUUAGGCCGGACACCUCCUGAAGAGAUCGGCAGUAUCUUCCAGAUCUGUAGGGAGGUUACUGCAGAGCAUCUAUAGGAGAAACCACGAGCAUGUAGCGCACGUUAUCCAGUACUAGGAAGGAAUUGUAUGUACCUAGGUCUCUAGAGUCGAACUUGAACUCGUAUGUGAAUACUACCUUAUGUACUUAGAUAGUUGAGUCUCCAUAGCUUUAUCAGCUUUGUCAUAUUCAACGGUUAAUCACAGAUGCGUACUCUAAGUCCAAGACAUCAGCCAGAACAAAUUUUACCGUAAGAUUCAAAUCAUCUAUCAAAGUCUAUAUAGAAAAGGGGUCGUCUUACAAUUAAUGAAUCCAUUAAUAUCAUGAAAGCGCGAGUUUUCUGAAAGCCACGUUGCUCUUCUUAGGCAUAUAGAGUAUCUGGGUAUAUAUUUACAGCUAC